AUGAAAUUUGGAAAGCAAAUACGCUUUGUUGCCGUUAAAUCUUGGUAUGAUAAGUAUGUAGAAUAUAAGAAGUUUAAAGUUGCCGUAACAAAUGGUAGAGAAAGAAUGCUAGAAGCCCAUGAAAAUGGCGCAUUAGACUCAGAACUCGAUACCAUGAAAGAAGAAUUUCUUGAGAACAUCUUUAAACUCAUCUAUAAGAGUCUUAAUUCAGUAACCAGUUUUUACACAGCCGAAUAUGUAAAAUUUCAAGAAUUAAUUAACGAAAUCGAAGACGACAUUGAUGUACACCUCCAAUUCUCGCAAAGAGAUGAAGAAUCAAAGAAAUCUUUCAUUAAAAGGGUUUUCGGUAUUACAAUUGAAGCUUAUGAGCUCAGAACAUUUCUCGAGAUCAACAGAACAGCAGGACAGAAGAUUGUUAAGAAAAUCAACAAGAAUUUCGGAACCUCACACUUAUCUCAAGAAUUCAUUAUCGAUGAAGCAGAUAUUUUCGUAAAUUUACCUGAUAUGCAAAACAUCGUCGAACAACUCGAAAAUUUAUACUCAAAGAUCUUGAGGGAGAUCUCUGUUAAUGGAGAUGAACGUCCAAGAUCCGAAAUUGUCAUUGAAUUGCAUAACAAAGUUGAUUCUACAAUUGCAUGGAAACAAUCAACAGUUUUAUCUGAUUUCAAUGCGAUUGAUUUCAGGAAAUCACAAUUAUCUCAUAUUACACAACCAGUCAAGUUCCCUCCAUUGAUUAUAGCUCUUAUCUUCUUAAUUGUUUUCUCUGUCAAACAGUUUACAAAAGGAUUAGAAUUUGCAGCACAAAAGACAAUCGGGAUCAUUGGUUUCUGUGCAAUAUUAUGGGCAACAGGAGCUAUUCCUUUAUGGGUUACAUCCAUUUCUAUUCCAUUUAUUUCUUGUGUUCUUAAAGUUGUUACCAAAUAUUCUGCAACAGACAUCGGAAAGUUCCUUGAACAAUCAACAAUGGGUCCAAUUGUUUUCUUGAUUAUUGGUGGAUUUACAAUCGCUACAGCAUUGCAAGCAACAGAAAUGGAUAAAAGAAUUGCAUCUAUUAUCCUUAAAAAAGCUUCUAUAAAUGCAAGGAUAUUCUUGUUAGUUACAUCAUUGUUGAAUGUCUUCAUUGCAAUGUGGAUUGGAAAUAUCACUUCAACAAUGAUUGUUAUAACAUUAAUUACUCCGACAUUAAGACAAAUUCCAAGAAAUUCAAACUUCGCUAAGGCAGUUAUUUUAUCAAUUGCUGUUGGAGGAAAUCUUGGUGGCAUGACAACACCUUUAGCUUCAUUGCAAAAUGCUGUUACAAUCGAAUCUGUUGCUGAAGCUGCUGCAAAAUAUGGAAUGCACGAUAAAGUUUCUUUCACAACUUUCUUCGCUACUGCUUUGCCUUUUGCUAUAAUUUGUGCAAUUAUUGCUUGGGCUAUUAUUAUGUUGAAAUUCCCAAUUGAUGUUUCAAGUGUUCCUGCAAUUCCAGAAACACAAUCUGAUUUUGGUUGGAGACAGAUAUUUGUUUGUGUGGUUUCUUUUGCAACUAUUGUCGUAUGGAUUGUUCUUCCUUUCGGAGCAGAUAGAGUGUUUUCUGAUUAUGGCAUUGUUGGAUUCGUUCCUCUUCUAAUUUUCUAUGGAAGUGGAAUCCUUCCGUCAAGAAAAAUUGCUGACUUACCGUGGAACGUAAUUUUCACUUUAUUUGGUGGAAGUGUUUUAUCUAAAAUCGUUCAAAUGAGUGGAUUAAUGGAUGCCAUUUCAAACACAAUGGCAAAGGUAUUAGGAAAGCAAACUUUGUGGGUAACUAUUCUUAUUGUUAAUAUUUGCGUAAUAGUCAUUGAUUUCUUUAUUACUCAUAGCGUUUCUUGCCAAAUUACAAUGCCUUUGGUUGCAAAUUUUGCUGCAAAAAGAGGUGGCCAUAUUGCAUUGUUCUGUAUGUGCGGAUGUAUGGCAACAACAGCAAGCCAAAUCAUGCCAGUAUCUUCAUUUCCAAAUAUGUGCUCGUUUUCCAUAACUGAUGAUACGAAAAAAGAAUAUUUCAAAUCCCAAGAAUUCAUAAAAUGGGGAAUUACCAUCACUGGCGUUUUAAUUGCUUGUGUAAUGACAAUUUUCUAUUUUAUUGGUUAUGAAUUUGGAUUAUAA